AUGGAAACGCUACUGGCGCGUGGUUAUGAACACUUACAGUCACUGGACUCGGGUGGACAGGCGAACGUGUACAAGGCGCUCAAAAAUGGCAAACCAUGCGCCAUCAAGGUGACCGAAGUGAAAAACGUCGACGACUUUGGCAAGCUAGACCGAGACCUUCGCCGAGAGGUGGAGAUCACCAGUCGCCUAAAGCACCCUAACUGCAUGGCCAUUUGGGAGAUUUUUCGCACCAAAUCCAAAGUCUACACUGGUACUCAAGUGUUGCUUUUCGUGAUGCCGCAGUGCAAGGGCAGCAUUGGCGCACUGGUGCGAAAGAGCGGUCCUCGCUGCGAGUGGAACGCCAAGUCGUGGUUUUGUGACAUUGUUCGAGCAGUCAGGUACCUGCACGACAACAGAGUAGCUCACCGUGACCUGAAGCUUGACAAUGUACUGCUCGACGACUUUGACAAUCCAAUCGUGGCCGACUUUGGACUGAGCACCUACAUUACCUACGAUGCCGAUGGACAGUUACAGCUGAAUAGAUCGUUCUGCGGCACUCGAAGUCACCAGUCUCCUCAGAUUCUCAAGAAGAUUCCAUAUAACGUAUACAAGUCUGACAUUUGGGCGCUAGGAGUAAUGCUCUUUAUUCUGGUAAAUCAGGACUAUCCGUUCAACCGCAAGGAAGGCCCAAAUGUGAUGUACGCUAAGCAAAUGACCCGAGAAUAUCACUUGCGAAGGGACAUUGAACCAAAGCUAAGCACUGACAUCAAGGACCUCAUCAGCAAGCUUCUGGAGCCUGAUGAACCAAAGCGACUGGACAUUUGGGCCAUCGGUCAGCAUCCCUUCUUUCCGGUGAUCUACCAGGAGGCCGACUUGAUGAUCGACAAGGCUAGGAAGACUCUCGGUCUGAGGAGAAGUAGUCCAGGUCUCGCCGAAGCUUCACUCGACGCGAUGGACUCACUGAAUCCCGCUGAGCUGAAUGGCGCCUCUUCUGUUGCUAAGCCCAUUGUCCCGAAAAAGAAACGCGGACGCCCGCCGAAGAAUGCCAAUGCUGUCAAGUCGGCUGAAAAUGGCACUUCUGCCUUGAAUUCUGAUGCGGUUGUUCCAUCAAACCAAUCUAACGGCAAUGGACCGCUUGUCACUAGCCCGGUCAUCAGCAAUUCCGCAAGCAAAAAGAGCCCUGCUAAGGUGAAUGGAAACGCAGUUUCGCCCGUUGUCCCAGCCAAGAAGCGUGGACGCCCGCCGAAGAGUGCCACUGUGAUCAAGCCGGCCGAUCCCGUUGAAGCCGAAAAUGGCUCCAUCGACGACGUUCCUGCCGUCAUUUCAGCUGCCCAGUUUUACCGCUCUGAUGAAACCGCUGUCACCAGCACUGUCGGCCAGGACGAAGUUACGGACCCGGAGGAGUCGGAUGGUGAGCCACAGUCACAUUCGCCAAAGAAACGUGGACGCCCGGCAAAUACUCCAAAGAAACGUGGUCGCCCGCCGAAGAAGGCUACUGCCGCUCAGUCAAAGGAACCAGCCAAAAAGCGAGGUCGCCCUAAGAAGGUUGUGGACACUACAGACAAUACCGAUACCGUCGUCGAACACGCUGACGCUGCCACUGGAGACACUGUUGCUCCAGUAAAGCGAGGUCGAGGCCGACCGAAGAAAGUUCAAGAAGCUUAA